CUCGGCGCCGGUGCUUCCGGUUAAGAUGGCGGUGGCUUCACGUGGGGUCGGCGGAGUGGGAGCAGGACUGAGCGAUUCUGAUGGCGAUCUUGCAAGUGAUCACUUCUCUUCACAGGAUGAGGAAAAUCAUGAUUCGGAAACUGCAGACUUGAGUUCAACAAAUCCCAAUGCUGGCUGGGCAGAUGCCAUGGCCAGAAUUCUUAAUAAGAAGGUUCCUGGUGACAAACCAACCAUUCUUGCUAAAAAUAAAAAGAACCUGAAAGAAAAAGAGAAACGUAAGCAGGCAAUGUUAGAAAAGAUGAAGCAGCUGGAUAAAAAGAAAGAAUGGGAACAGAUGUGCAGAGUGAAACCUAAUGUAGCUGAAGACCAAGAGACUGAACGGGCUUUCCAAAAAAUAGCCACCAGGGGUGUUGUGCAGUUAUUUAAUGCUGUUCGAAAGCAUCAAGCUAGUGUGGAUAAAAAAAUUAAAGAAGUAGGUGGGUCUGAACAGAAGCGUGCCAAGUUACUGUCCUCUGUCUCAAAGAAAGAUUUCAUUGAUGUGCUCAGAGGAUCAGAACCGAAUGUUCGACAGGGCUCAGCAGCAAGACCAGUUAAUAGCAUAAAAAAGGUUAAAGUUAAAUCAGAAGACAGUGCAGCAUGGAACAUAUUACGCGAUGACUUCAUGAUGGGAGCUACAAUGAAAGACUGGGAUAAAGAGAGUGAUGAAGAGGCGAAUGGUGAUGUUGCAGAGAAAAGUGAUUCAGCCCGAUGAACCCUGCUCUCAUCCUUACUACUUGGCACAAACCAAACUAGAGUAAUGCUCAUUCUGUGAAUGCAAUAGAUGUUGUAUAUGGGAACGAGUUGCCUCUUUAAUAAAGCGUUGUUUGUUUUCCAAA